AGCAACAUACACUUUCAGAAAAAGCUUUAUAUAAUUAUCGUUUCAUAUUUCACACCUUUGAAGAAAAGAAAAUGGCGUCUAACCAACAAAGCUACAAAGCUGGUGAAACCAGAGGCAAGACUCAGGAGAAGACAGGACAAGCUAUGGGAGCAAUGAGGGACAAGGCUGAGGAAGGCAAGAACAAGACUUCCCAAGCGGCCCAAACAGCCCAACAAAAGGCCCAUGAGACGGCACAGUCUGCAAAAGACAAGACAUCUCAAACUGCCCAAACGACCCAAUCAGCAAAAGACAAGACAUCCCAAGCUGCUCAGACGACCCAAGACAAAGCCCGUGAGACAAAGGACAAGACGGGGAGCUACAUGUCCGAGGCAGGAGAAGCCAUAAAGAACAAGGCUCAAGACGCUGCUCAGUACACAAAGGAGACGGCUAAAGGCGCGGCUCAGUACACGAAAGAGACUGCUGAAGCCGAUAGAGACAAGACCGGUGGGUUCUUAAGCCAGACUGAUGAGCAUGUGAAGCAGAUAGCUAUGGGUGCAGCUGAUGCCGUGAAGCACACUUUUGGGACCGAGGAAGAUGACAGGGAAAAUUUUCCAGGCACAACUACUGGUACUACUAGGACCACUGAUACGACUCAUCAGACUUAUCAGAGGAAGUGAGGAUAACAAGAGAACUAUGUCUGUGUCUUCCUUUUGUUUCUGUAAUACCGCCUAUUUGGUCUUUUGAGUUUCUGUUGUCUUUUGUGUUUGUGGUUCUGUUUUGUUUCUUUAGUUGUGACGGUGAUCCUGGAGACAUCUAAUUUCAAGCCAAUAAGUUUAGAAUGUGAUCCUGUCACACCUUUUGUUUAAGUUCACUUUGUAUUUUUGUCAUAAUAAAAAGUUAGCAAUAUAGG